AAACAAAAAUAAAAAUAUCAUACAAUAAGCAAAAAAAAAAAAAAAAAGAAGAAGAAGAAAAAAAAAAAGCAGAGAAUCAAAAUAAUGGUUGCAGCAGUGGCAGCAACAGCAUCAUCUCAACUACUGGUAUCAAGUUCCCGCUCUUUGUCACGGCUGUCACCAUUUCAGCUAUGCGUAUUUGAUUCCAAGACCCUCGUGUCAUGCCCCAGCAAUGGCAAUGGCAGUAACAACAGUAUCAAGAGAAGGCAUGUUAGGUGCAUGGCUGUGGGGACAGCACCAGAGGCAGAAACCAAGAAAAGUGGGUUCGAAAUCCAGACACUAACAGGUUGGUUGUUGAAGCAGGAACAGGCGGGUACUAUUGAUGCUGAGCUCACUAUUGUCCUUUCCAGCAUUUCCAUGGCCUGUAAGCAAAUUGCUUCUUUGGUUCAAAGGGCUAGCAUUUCAAACUUGACUGGUGUUCAAGGAGCUGUCAACAUUCAAGGAGAGGAUCAAAAGAAGCUCGACGUUGUUUCUAAUGAGGUGUUCUCUAACUGUUUGAGAUCAAGUGGAAGGACAGGGAUUAUAGCAUCAGAGGAAGAAGAUGUGCCAGUGGCAGUGGAAGAGAGUUACUCUGGGAACUAUAUUGUGGUAUUUGACCCUCUUGAUGGAUCAUCCAACAUUGAUGCUGCUGUUUCAACAGGUUCAAUUUUUGGGAUAUACAGUCCCAACGAUGAAUGCCUAGCAGAAAUAGAUGAUGAUUCCACUCUUGGUUCAGCAGAACAAAGAUGUGUUGUGAAUGUGUGCCAACCAGGGAGUAAUCUAUUAGCUGCUGGAUACUGCAUGUACUCGAGCUCUAUAAUCUUUGUGCUCACGUUAGGGAAUGGAGUGUACGCGUUCACCUUGGAUCCAAUGUAUGGUGAAUUCGUGUUAACUCAAGAAAAAAUUCAGAUACCAAAAGCCGGGAAAAUAUAUGCAUUCAAUGAAGGGAAUUACCAAUUGUGGGAUGAUAAGUUGAAGAAGUAUAUUGAUGACCUUAAAGACCCUGGCCCUAGUGGCAAGCCUUAUUCAGCUAGAUACAUUGGAAGCUUGGUUGGAGACUUUCACCGGACACUGCUAUAUGGUGGAAUCUACGGUUACCCUAGAGACAAAAAGAGCAAAAAUGGUAAGCUGAGACUCUUGUAUGAAUGUGCACCAAUGAGCUUUAUUGUGGAACAAGCUGGUGGGAAAGGAUCUGAUGGACAUCAAAGAAUCCUUGAUAUCCAACCCGUUGAGAUCCAUCAACGUGUACCACUUUAUAUUGGAAGCCAAGAAGAGGUGGAGAAACUGGAGAAGUAUUUGGCUUGAAUAAGAUGCAAAUGAAAAAAGAGUAGUAUUUUUGUUUAUGGAUAUAAAGAAAUACACUUUAUGUUGUAAUUCAAAAUGAAGACGAACUUGUCCUUGUUCUGUAAAUUUUAUGGGAAUCUCUUUGUUGGCAAUGGCAGCACUUCAAGAAGGUCAUUGUAUGAA